GAGAAACCCCGCCCUCCCUUACAUGGAAUUAGAAUUACGCAGUUACCAUCGUUCCACACAUGCAAAAAAGGAACAAAUCCAGCCAAAAGAGGAUUUUCAUCCUCUUUUCCAUCUCCUGUCUUCAUAGCCAUAUUGAGCUUGUGCCAAAACAAUGGAAUUUCCCGCUUAUCUUCUGGCCAUUUGAGGCAUUUUAACCAAUCAAGACAAACAGAGAUGAGACUACAUAUUGUGAGCAGCUCAGGAGCCUGGCCUCUUUAGCAAAUCUGAUACAAAAUCCUUAUGGUUAGCAAGCCAACAUACCAUCAAGAUAUACUUGGAUUUCCUAAAGAUACCAGAAAAAAGACACACAUUACGCUCCUAACAUGGCAAAUAACAACUAUGAAGAACUUUCAUCCAAGGUGACUUCAGAGGAUGAGGAACAUAUUUAUGAACAUAUUUAUGACACUUUGGCAUCUUCUGACAAACCAGAGCUGAAUCACCAAAUGGCCAUAGAUGAGCUCAUCACUACAGAGGCUAACUAUGUGCACAACCUUCAGCUCUGCAUUUUUAAUAUCCGCAAUCACCUCCAGAAAAAACAGCUGCCUGAAAUUGACCUGGAAGGAUUGUUCUCUAAUAUAGAUGAUGUCCUGCAGGUUUCCAAAUGUUUGUUGAAAGGACUUGAAGCUUCUGUGAACCAGGGGCACGAACAACUUUUUCAUAUCAGCACUUUAUUUCAAGAACUCAAAGCAGAAAUGGAGAAUGUCUAUAAAAUUUAUUGUGGAGACUAUGACCAAGCUCUUUUACUGUUAGAUAUUUAUAGUAAGGAGCCAAGAUUGCAAAAAGAAAUUAUGGAAACCUUGACCACUACUGUGCCUCACACUGGUGCUUCAAACCUGAGCUUCUUCCUGGUGAUGCCAGUGCAACGAAUCACAAAAUAUCCACUGUUGUUGCAGAAGAUUGUGGAAAACACUUCAGGCACUGACAGUGCCUAUGGAGCCCUGCAGGCUGCAGCCACUGCUAUGACAGAUGUGAAUGCCAAUAUCAAUGAAUAUAAAAGGCGGAAGGAAAUAGCAGAUAAAUAUAACAAGGCUGGGUAUCUGACUCUGCGAGAACGUCUGGCCCGCCUCAAUACCCACUCAAUUGCCAAGAAGACAGCACGGUUGAGCCGCCUCUUCAUGCAUGAAGCUGGAAUUGUGACCAAGACAGAGGAUAAAGAGUUUGAUAAAGUGGAAGAAAAGUUUCAGUCAUUGGCAUCAGCUAUAAUUGAUCUGAAAGAGAAUGUGGCCUGCUUUCUGGACAACACAGAGAUGUUCCUUAGUUUUAAACCACAGGAGGAUGAAUUGGAUGUAGAAACGUACAUUACCCAACCGUAUUAUUCCCUUGCAAAAAAGCUUCACAGCACCAUCUUUCCUGUCUAUAAGCAACGGCUUGAGCACCUGGUAUAUAAACCACUGUGCAACUUGUCAGAGACUCUGAGAGGACCCCACAAACUGAUCAAGAAGCGCUUGGACAAGCUGCUUGACUAUGAAGAGUAUGAGGAGAAGAGGAUUGAGACGGGCAGUGUGACCUAUGAGGAGGAGGCUGUCAUGAAUACCUAUCUUGGCAUUAACUCCUUGCUUGUAUCUGAGCUUCCUACAUUCAACCAGGUGGCCCUGAAGUGGCUGGCCUGCAUACUGUGUUCUUUUGUGACUCUUCAGAGGGAUCUGGCCAAACAAGUCCUCCAAGAGGCAGAAGGGGAGAUGGUCCAGCUGCCCCAUAGACAUCUCUCUGCAACUGAAUUUUGGAAAAUGGUAAUGAGUACUUUAAAACAGGCUGAAGAUCAGUUGUCCUUUCUCCAGGAGAAGUUUGACACUGUUUUGCCAAAUCCCGUUGUGCAGCCUCUUAGCUCUGCAGAGGAGAAGAAGGUCCUUUUGCUUCUGAACAAACAUGGCCCAGAUAAGUUGUACCAGGUGACAAGCGAAACCAGUGGCUGCAAAGAUAUGGACCUGACUCUGCAGAGGGGGCAAAUAGUGGCUUUUUUGCAUGGCAUGGACUCCAAGGGCAACACAAACCGAUGGCUGGUAGAUUCAGGAGGUCCAAGAGGCUACGUGUCACCUGGAAAGCUCCAACGGUACCAUUAUGUCCCCAGCCCAAAGCCCAGAACAACAACGUUGCCCCAGGGUGAUGCUGCUGAGAAAAUGCAUCCUACUUACAAUUUCCCCCAAACUCCCAACCCCCCGGUGUACUUCAGCACUCCAGUUUUGCAGGUACGUGCUGCUUAUCCCUUCAUAGCCAGGAGCAAUCAGGAAGUCAGUCUGGAAGCUGGCCAAUCAGUGACUGUGCUGGAACCCCAUGAUAAAAAGGGAAACAAAGAAUGGUCUUUGGUGGAAGUGAAUGGACAGAGGGGCUACGUGCCUUCCAAUCACCUGGUGGUGUUACCCCCACAGCCACCUGGAUGGGUUUUACCCUUUUGACCAUUUCCGGCUUAGUAAAUGCAACUGUUAAGUGAUGCUUGGUUUAGAAGUCAGCUAUAUUUUCAUUGCCUGUCUCUUGCCUUUUCUUUCAUGACAUUCAAUGGACAAAGAGGCUGAUAAUGAGGCCAGGAGGCCUCUGGAAUAUUGUGAGUUUCAAUUUCAGAAAUUCAGCAUGAAUUUGUGCCAUAUUUAUUGAAAAACUAUGAAGGAAUGUAGGUACAUAAGCUACUUAUAGUUGUGAUGGCAUUUCUUGAUCUAAGGCUGACAAAUAUUGGAAAGAAGGGUUCUUGUAGUAAUCUAGAAUAAUUUCUGUGUUACAAAUAGUCCUCAUUCAGUGAUCACAUUUGGGACCCACAACUCUGUCAUUAAGUGAAGCAGUUGCUAAGUGAACCCACAACAGUGCUUACAAUCUUACUUCAGCUUUCCUUUGCCUUACAAACCUGGAAAGGUUGUAGAUGUUGUAAAGUUACUUUUACAUCACUGUCAUAACUUUGAAUUGUUGCUAAACGAGACAGUCACUAAUGUGGACUACCUGCGUUUGAUUAAUGCAUGGUCUCAGAGCAAGGAUUUCUGCAGGACACCUAAAUGUAACUGUGCUUGGUGCAAUAAGGGCUUAGAAGGGGAAUUGUCUCUUCCUAACUCAUUCCAAAACACCCAUCUCAAUCAAUUAGCAAGAAACCACAAGAAGGAAGCUAUGAGCCAUAGGCUAAUUCAGGGGUCUGCAACCUUGACAACUUUAAGACUUGUGGACUUUAGCUCCUAGAAUUCCAUAGCUGGCUGGUAGCUGAAAUCUACAAGUCUUAAAGUUGUCAAGGUUGCAGACCCCUUGGGCUAAUUGAAGCCCCAUUCUUCUUCUUUCACUGAUAUAAAGUCCUUUUGGUUUUAUGAUAGUGAAGAAAUAGCUAAAGGAAUCAGCUCAAAAUCUUCCAAUGAUCUAUGAUACAACUCCCAGAUUAAUAAGCCUAGUUGUUCUCUUCAGUAAUAUAUAAAUCUUAAUAAACUGAACAAAAUGGCUAUGGUGAUAAAGUUUUUGACUAAGAACAGGGAGAAACUGGUUUUGAGUCUGCCCUCAACCAUGGAAAGUCAGUACUUGAUUUUUAGCCAAUUACUCUCUUAUAUCCAACUCACCUCACAGGAUUUACGCUAGUGGGAGAAAAAAUAGUGCUAUGUAAGUCGUAUUUAGUUUCUAGAGAAAAGAUAGUACACAAAUCUAACAAAUAAAUAUUUGCUUUAAGUAACCUUCAUUGAGGUGAUACAAUGGCUAUUCUCAUUACUGGAGAGAAUUACUGGUGGCGUAAUGUUUAAAGUGCAGUUUCGCAGGCACUCUGCACAUAGCCUGGAGUUUGAUCCUGAUGGAGCUCAAGGUUGACUCAGUCUUCCAUCCUUCCGAGAUUGGUAAAAUGAGGACCCAGAUUAUUGCUUCUACCUUGUAAACUGCCAGAGAGUACUAUAAAGCACUAUGGGGCAGUAUAUAAGCCUAAAAGCUAUUACUAUUGCUGUAUCAGUCCAGUAAUGGUUAGAAAACUCUGGAAGACACUAUAACAUAUUAGUGGAGAUUCCACCAUAUGAAAUAUUCAGCACUGCUCUAAAAGGCAUUCUGAAAUAUUGGAAGCAUAUUCAACUAAAACAAUAUUGGAGAGAAAAGAAAAAUGGUUAAGAGUUAUCUUUUGGCAUGAAGUGGUUGUUACCAACUUUCAGGUAGAAAUAUGGAAUGGCAAAAUAUUGCUAGAAUUGUGAAAGUAGUAAGCUGAUAGGUACACAGAAAACUAAAUUUGAAUGCACAAACAAUAUAUGAUUUGUCUUUGUUUUUCUCCAAAAAGAGCAAGCAAAUUUGCAUAUGAAAAAUAAUCUGAGGCCCUUCUGAAGAUAAGUGAAAAAGAUGGUAUACAGAAACUUAUUAUCAAUUGAUACUUUCUUAUUAAAAUAUUCCCUCCCCCUUCAAAAACUAUACACUAAAAUAAGGAGAAGAAUUGCAACUGCAGACAUUGAUUUCCAGUGAAAUCAGAAUGUGCAAUAAAGGGAUGUGCCUGUGAGAUUAACAUGAGGCAUAAUGCAAUUUUUCAGUGCCUUCUACCAGAGACUAUGCUUAUCUUCCCACAUCCAUGUACCUGUAAUCACAUCAAAUUACUUUUGGUAUCAGCAUAGAAAAUAAAUGCAUAAACUGAUCUGAAGGCUCAGGAUAACAUGAAACAUUAAGCUUUUAAUGCAUCUGGGUGUGACUGAUAAGACAACUUGCAGUGUUUAAAAAUGUAACUACGGUAGAUGUCUUCAAGGGUGGCUCCUGAAUAAUUCGUGGGUUUGCUCUUUGCCAUACAAAAUUUUAUGUGAGAUGGAGGAUAAGAUGAAUGGGUAACAUGAUGUUUUAACUGACUCUUAACACAACCCAUACGUGUCUGGAUUUUGACUUUGUAUAUCCCAACCGGGCCACGGCCUACCACGUGAGUGGCUGGCCAGUGAGUGUGGGUGUGGGUGUGGGUGCAUGCACAGUCCCGUUCGCACAAACGUCACCAUGAGUGUCGCAGGCAUUUACGGCCCCACUCGUUCGAGUAACAGGUGUUCAUGUGUAAGCAUGUGUGUAUGUAUGUAUGCAUUCACCCCCCCCCCACACACAAAACCAUCCCUUCUUUCCCUCCUCCCCCUGCCACCCCCGAAAGAUUGGGGAACUCUGUUGUAAUGUGAGGUUAGUAGGAUAAAGGCCAAGAAGUGACCUUAUACCCCCAAAUCCCCUUUCCUUGUUGUUGUUUUAAAAAAAACUACUGUAGUAUUUAAAUCUUCUAAAUAGCUGCUGCUUUGUUUGUCAACUUUGCAACAAGUAAAUUCUUUGGGUCAAAUCUCAGCUUUAGAGUUAAUAAGCUGAACUACUGUGACAAUAUAACUUGUACAUUCUAGCUGAAGUGCUUACAUGAGUGAGAAAUGGCCUUGCACACAUCUUGUAAUCUAUGGAAACGUCCUAUGGUAUUGAACUGCUGUGAACUUUGUCUUAAAGUCCAAAAAUUGAACGCUAAAAAUAAUGAGAUUCAGAAAUUUCUUUAUAUUUGUAACAAUAGUGUAUUUGCAUUAUAUUAACUGUGAAAGAAAUGAACAGUAUUGACUCUCUACUUAAAGAUGCUUUUCAAACUA